GACUCAACGCCUCCCCCAGCCGCGGCUUCUCUCGGGUAGGGAUUGACCAAACCACGGGGGAGGCUGGGAACCGGAACUGGGAUGGGGGAAGGCGCCCGCCCCUCUUCCGUCCUGGCCUGCGCCCGCAGCCCCCUCCUCUCCUCGUACCCUGCCUUGGUCUGUACUUUGCGGGGUCCUUCUCUGGUGCCUUUCUCCUUCCUUCUCCUGUUUUCUCCCCUUUCGCAGGCUCCCCCGACUCGCUUGUGCACAUGCCACUUCUCUCUCUUGGUUCCUAGCGUUUCGCCCAGACCCGCGGGGAAUGGGUUAAGCCAGGGGCGGUGCCUGGACGGGGCGGGGUGGAGAAAGGGGGCUGGGACCCACAGGGGAGGGGGGCGCGCAAGUGUGGGGGUGGGGGGUGGGGGCCGCGGCGCGCACUACCGGAGACCCAGCAAGCAAUGUUCUGCCCCGGGCCUGGCGGGGGCGGAGCUGCGCGGGGUCCCCACCCCCACCCGGAAUCCUCGCCCGGGAGAAGCCGGGGAGCCCCGGCGGGGAGAAGGAAGUGCUAGUCGACCCACCUCCCCGCCCUGCGCUGAUCCCGCCCCCGGCCUCCGGACUUGGGGAGCCGCCGGACUCUGCCUCGACACCAUGAGAUUCGAGACUGGAGCCCCCUCGAGGUGAAGGCGCUGAGUGCCCGGGUCCUGCCAGUCGUUAUUUGGGAAAGCCGAGGGACACCCUGCACCCCAGCACACGCAACUUCCCCGCUUUUCACCUGGACUGGCGGAGCGGCCGGCGGACUUAGACGCGGGGACUUCAGGGCAGGGGGACCACCCCCCUGCCCUGGGUGCCAGUCGAAGCGAGGGGACGUCUCCUCGCCCCCAGCUGCUCCACUCAGAUGGCGCCUCCGGCUGAGUGAGGGGGCAGCGCUCAGGACUUCCCCGCCUGGACUUCUUGCCUUCGCGGGGAAAGAUGUACGAGAGUGUGGAAGUGGGGGGACUCACCCCCACCCCUAACCCCUUCCUAGUGGUGGAUUUUUAUAAUCAGAACCGGGCCUGUUUGCUCCCGGAAAAGGGGCUACCCGCCCCGGGUCCCUACUCCACCCCGCUCCGGACUCCGCUUUGGAAUGGCUCAAACCACUCUAUUGAGACCCAGAGCAGCAGUUCCGAAGAGAUAGUGCCCAGCCCACCCUCGCCACCCCCUCUCCCCCGCAUCUACAAGCCUUGCUUUGUCUGUCAAGACAAAUCCUCAGGCUACCACUAUGGGGUCAGCGCCUGUGAGGGUUGCAAGGGCUUCUUCCGCCGCAGCAUCCAGAAGAACAUGGUGUACACGUGUCACCGGGACAAGAACUGCAUCAUCAACAAAGUGACCCGGAAUCGCUGCCAGUAUUGCCGGCUGCAGAAGUGCUUUGAAGUGGGCAUGUCCAAGGAGUCUGUGAGGAACGACCGAAACAAGAAGAAGAAGGAGGUGCCCAAGCCCGAGUGCUCUGAGAGCUACACACUGACACCGGAGGUGGGGGAGCUCAUCGAGAAGGUGCGCAAAGCACACCAGGAGACCUUCCCUGCCCUCUGCCAGCUGGGCAAAUACACUACGAACAACAGUUCAGAACAACGUGUCUCUUUGGACAUUGACCUCUGGGACAAGUUCAGUGAACUCUCCACCAAGUGCAUCAUUAAGACUGUGGAGUUUGCCAAGCAACUGCCCGGCUUCACCACCCUCACCAUUGCUGAUCAGAUCACCCUCCUCAAGGCUGCCUGCCUGGACAUCCUGAUCCUGCGGAUCUGUACUCGGUACACGCCCGAGCAGGAUACAAUGACCUUCUCGGAUGGGCUGACCCUGAAUCGGACCCAGAUGCACAACGCAGGCUUCGGCCCCCUCACCGACUUGGUGUUUGCCUUCGCCAACCAGCUGCUGCCCUUGGAGAUGGACGAUGCUGAGACUGGGCUGCUUAGUGCCAUCUGCCUCAUCUGUGGAGACCGGCAGGACCUGGAGCAGCCUGACAGGGUGGACAUGCUACAGGAACCGCUGCUUGAGGCGCUAAAGGUCUACGUGCGGAAACGGAGGCCCAACCGCCCGCACAUGUUCCCCAAGAUGCUGAUGAAGAUCACAGACCUGCGGAGCAUCAGUGCUAAGGGGGCUGAGCGGGUGAUCACGCUGAAGAUGGAGAUCCCAGGUUCCAUGCCACCACUCAUCCAGGAAAUGCUGGAGAACUCAGAGGGCCUGGACACUCUGAGUGGACAACCGGGGGGUGGGGGACGGGACGGGGGUGGCCUGGCCCCAGCGCCAGGCAGCUGUAGCCCCAGCCUCAGCCCAAGCUCAAACAGAAGCAGCCCGGCCACCCACUCUCCGUGACCGCCUGCGCCACAUGGACACAGCCCUCGCCCCACACCCCGGCUUUUCUCUGCCUUCCUACCGACCAUGUAACCCCUGCCAGCUCUGCCCCCACCUGUCUUCCCAGACAGUAUAGGGGGGACCUUUCCUGGGGAUGGAAGGAAGGAGGCAGUGAUUCCCUGGACGGAGGCCUGGGCCUUCAAUGGACUGCCUGCUCCUACAGCCUAGGCUGACGUCAGGGGCCAAGGCCGUGAACUGAGUGAGGACCCUGGUCCUGGGCCUCAGGGUUGGGCCUAGGGGCCUCGCAUUCAUCAAGAUACCCCUUUGCCCACCUUGCCACAUCUUCAUCACCAGCAAAUGCCCGGACCUGGCUCCCUGUCCUCAGAACUCACAAGCCAUUGCUCCCCAGCUGGGGAACCUCAGCCUCCCCCCUGCCUUGGUUGGUGACAGAGGGGUGGGCUAGGGGUGGGGGUUCCCCUUGUACAUACCCUGCCGUACCAACCCCCAGGUAUUAAUUCUUGCUGGUUUUGUUUUUAUUUUAAUUUUUUUUGGUUUUGAUUUUUUUAAUAAGAAUUUUCAUUUUAAGCACAUUUAUACUGAAGGAAUUUGUGCUGUGUAUUGGGGGGAGCUGGAUCCAGAGCUGAAGGGGGUGGUUCCUGAGGGAGGGGAGUGGCUCAGAGGGGCUCCCGCUCUCCCACCAUGUCCCUGUGCCCCCUUACCCUCCUCAGCCUUUUCCUCCUCAGUUUUCUCUUUAAAACUGUGAAGUACUAAUUUUCCAAGGCCUGCCAACCCCUCCCUUGUGCUAGAAGCAACCCCCCCCCAACCACUGGGUGUGGACAGCCACAGGCAGCCCCUGGAGGGAUGGCUCCAGUCCUUUGCUUGAGGGGCAGGGGAGAGUCGAAGUGAGGGGAUGGUCACAACGCAUGGAAUGUGUUUCUGCACCCUGUCUGCCUGGCCAAGCUGCCAUCCCAUCAGGGCCACAUCAUCCAGGAACCCCAGCCCCCACUGUGAAGGGUCUGACCAAGGAGCUCUGAGCUGCUCCACCCCCAGCUUCAGCCACCAGCACCCCCAAAGGUCCCCCAGACACAUGCACACACACACACACAGGCCAACAUGCACUUGGCCUGAGUUCCUCUAUUUCCCUGGCCUGCCCCCACCCCCACCUGCCCCACACAGCCCCCUUUUUGCCCCGCAGGACGGGCCUACAGGGGGUCUCCUCCCCUCACCCUUGCACCCCCAGCUGGGGGAGCUGGCUUUUCCCUAACCUCCUUGACCUGGGGUCGGGGUCUCAGCCCCCUGGAGCCCGCUGGUGCACCUGUUACUGUUGGGCUUUCCACUGAGAUCUACUGGAUAAAGAAUAAAGUUAUAUUUAUUCUA